CCUAGUGUAAUCGAUAUCACGCAAUAGACGGACAACAACAAAGAAAAUAAAAGUUUAUGAAAACACAACAAAAUUAGUCAAGUUGGAAAUUUAUCUUGUCUCCAAGAUGGCCCAUAACUACCUACAGCCGGUGCACAACCACUUUGAUGACGUGGACAGGUUCGAGGACGUGGACGAUGACCUUUUUCUGCAGAACAAGCGCACUGGAGCACCCAAGAUUCCGCAGCAGAGGAGCACCAAUCCCUUCGAAAUGGAGGAUGAUGACGAUGAGAUAACUUCUUCGCCCUCUGUGGCCGCCCAGCGACUGGCCUACGCGGAAAAGCGAAGAGCCAUUGAGCAGCGAACUCUGGACUCCACCAAUAAGAGCUUGGGCUUGCUCUACGAAACCCAGGAAGUGGGCAAGGCCACAGCCGCGGAGCUGGCCAAGCAGCGGGAGCAGCUGGAGAAGACCUCGCACCAGCUGGACGAGAUCAACUCCACGCUGCGCUUCAGCCAGCGGCAUCUGACUGGCCUGAAGAGCGUAUUUGGCGGCCUGAAGAACUACCUCUCCGGCAACCGGGAUCAGCCCUCCACCGCUGCUGGCUCGCCCACGGCCAGCCAGUCGUCGCAGGAGGCCAAUAGCAACAUUGAUAUGGGUGCCUGUGGCGGAGCCAGCCCCUCUGCUCCGCUUUCACCAGCCGAACGCUACGACAAUCAUCCAGUUAGCCAGCUGCGCGACGAUCCUAGCAGCACCUAUCAUCCCCAGCGGCAGGCGGGCAAUCCCUUCCAGGCCCAGAUCGACGCCAAUCUGGAGGAGAUGUGCAGCAAUUUGUCGGUGCUUAAGAUGCUGGCCACUGAUCUCGGUGGCGAAAUCGAGUCGCAGAACGAACUGCUGGACAACAUGAAUUACAAAAUCGAGGAUGUCGACUUGAAGAUCCACAAGCAGAACAAGGACAUGAGCAAGCUGCUGAAGAAGUGAACGGGGAAUCGUCGAAUACCAUUAUAUUGUUUACUGCAUCCUUAGAAUAGCCACCUUUAUUUUACAAAUCUUAGUCAUACCAAGUCGCAUGAUGAGCACCACACAAGGCCAUUACGAUUGCAUUCCUCAUUUUGUUUCUUAGUUUUUUAUUGUUACACACACCAAAAAGAUUCUUUCGUUGGAGUGCUUGUAGUUGGAGAGCGAUAAGUGUUCAGUUUUGAAUAAACAUUCAUAUAAAAUGGAA